AUGCACCAAGGUGGGCCAGGGUCAGGCCUCAGAGACGCGAAAGGAGUUGAAGGCCCAGCGGAGGGCUUGGGGAUCUCAGGCCUAAGGACCAGGAGGGAUUUCGGGGUGCUCAAGGAGAACGGUGCCCCCCGCAGUUUGGGUGAAGUGGAGGAGGUGGCCGGAGGCAAGAAGCGCACUCGGCCUGUGCGCUCCAAGGCUCGGCGGAUGGCGGCCAACGUGCGGGAGCGCAAACGCAUCCUGGACUACAACGAAGCUUUCAACGCGCUGCGCCGGGCACUGCGCCAUGACCUGGGCGGCAAGAGGCUCUCCAAGAUCGCCACGCUGCGCCGGGCCAUUCACCGCAUCACGGCGCUCUCGCUCGUCCUGCGCUCCACUCCCGCACCCCGCUGGCCCUGUGACCACCUGGAGUGCCAUGGCCAGCCUACCUGCGCCGGGGACGAGAGCUCCGAUCCACCUCCAGCUGUCUUAACACUCACUCCUGUCGGCCCCAGGCCCCUAGCGCCGCGCUGCGCUUCGUGCUCCUCGCUGUCCCGCUUGGAAGGUUCCUGGGCAGCGGCCGAGGAGCAGGGCGCUGGGCAGGGCCCGGAGGGAAGCUGGCGCCUGUGUCCCGGAGCUCCUUCUGCAGGGAGAUUUACCUGGCCACGGGGUUACACGCGCGCGGGCCUCGGGCUGGGCUACCAGCAUCUCUGA